AUGGGUGUUUCAAAGCUACCUUUUCUUUUUCUCCCCAAAGACAUUCUCGUGGAGAUUCUCUCCAAGCUUCCUGCUAAAUCCCUAGUACGACUCAGGUGCGUUUCUAAAUUCUUUUCCGCUCUCAUAGCUGAUCAUGGCUUUGGCGUUCUGCAUCGCAGCUUGUCCUUGAAGCUUCCCAAUAGGGCGGGCAUCCUCAUUGUUAUCAUACCUCGAACGCCCUACCACUCCCGUUCCACCCCUGUGUUUUACACCAUAAAUUUCAGCGAAAAAAACCCUCAGCAGCUCCAAGCCAACCGUGCCCGCUACUUGGACGGUCAACCCUAUGUAGUAGACCAUCUACGCUCUUCCUCUGACGGCCUGGUUUGUCUGCACAAAAACAACAGCUACGUUGACGUUUGCAACGUUAGUACCGGACAGCGUAUUUCCCUCCCAAGAAUCCCAUUCCACGUCGAAUCUCCAUGUGCACUAUUAGGGUUCGAUUCAGAAUCUAAAAGAUACAAAGUUUUGAUGUCAGCCUCAACUUCUAUUGAUCGAGUAAACGGCAGGAGGGAUGGAACCAUCUUUUUCAAGUAUAAGCAUUGGGUUUUGACGGUGGGAGUGGAUAAAUCGUGGAGGGAGAUCAAUAACAACAACAGCAAUUCCCACCUCCUUUACACCUUUGAUGGCUAUCGCUGCGCUAACUAUUGGGCUAGCUUUUGGGCUAACUAUUCCGAUACCAGUGUCUACAUUGAUGGCGUUAUCUAUUCCUAUAAGUGCAAUUGGCUGACUAAAGUUCACCCUCUUAGCUUUGGUAUAGUGGCAUUUGAAGUCGGGUCUGAGAGUUUUUUUGAGAUACCUCUUCCAAAUGAAAUUUCAUUACAGUAUUAUUAUACACAUGCAUUUGGGUUGCUACAAGUUGAUGGAGGUCGACUGGCUAUUGUUCUUGUUUUCGAAAUAAGCUCAUCCUACAUGGGUGUUUGGACUUGGGAGAAAUUUAAGAAAUGUUGGGAGAAAAUUAUUACUAUCAUUCCAUAUAGAAUCGACGAAGUUAGAGCCCUGCGCUUCACUACCAAUCAUGCUGGGGAGAUUGUGUUGUUAUCUAUAAACAGUAAACAACUUUCCAUAUUGGUUUAUAACUUGAAAAGUAAGGUUUGGAGAAAAUUUGAUGUAGGUGGAGUUGAAGAAUUUCCAAUUUUUUGCCAUAGUGAUGUUAGAAUGUACAGGACUAUGGACAAUAUGUUUUCCUUGGAGUAA